AUGAUUCCCAAAUUGAAAUUCUUUACAAUCAGGCGAAGCUUUUUAAACGACUUGGAGAAAUUAAAAAAAAACGAUCAAUUGCCUAGAGAAAUCAUAUCUUCACUUGGAAAUAUGGUAAAAGAGAUAUUCUCAAUUCUUUUUAAAAACGGUUUCUUACGAAAAGCCCGAAAAGGGGAAAACAACGAUGACUUUUGGAGUAGCUGGCAAGAGCACUUUGAUAAAUGUGAAUGUCACAAGUACUGUCUGGAGAAGUAUCACAUUAUCGAGUGCGGAUACACUAUUCAGUGUAAGCCAAGUUAUGAUGUUGAUCUGUAUGAGCAACUAGGCAACAACAAACACCAGGUGGUAAAGUCACCGUUCAUGGAUUUUGGUGUAUACACCACCAAGUUUAUGCAAGAACUAAAAAAAGGAAAUGAAAGAAGUAUUAUGAAGGCUUUGUUAGAUGACAAUCACUGGGAGGAGAUUGAGGCCGGGAGCAAUUCAGCCAACGCAAGAUACGUUUAUGAUUUUUUUAUUGUGAUAAAUAGGUAUAUGGGAAAUUGCUCAAUGAUUGAAAAAAGCGAGUCCAUUUUCAGUUACCACCUCGUUUGGCCGCUCUUAAGUUUAGCAGUAAAGACGGCAACUUUACCAAUCAGAAACCUUUUGUUUAAAACUGGUGAAGUUAUACUGGACUCCUCUGAUGAGACACUCAAGGCGGUUGGCGUUGUUGAAUUGGACGGUAUCGAGUUUUGUUUACUUGAAACAUCCGAUGCAUAUGGAAUCUCAGACAACAGUCGUUUCGGCAAGGACCAUGUAAAGGGUUCGUUUGGCGCAUUGAUGUUUCUGCGAAAAAUCUUAAAAACAUGCUUCUAUGCUACUGAAGACAUGUUGUGCGAGUUGAAGGUGUUAUUUGUGCAUGCAAGAAGCAAACGCAUCCAUCUGUGGUCGCUAGAAAUGCCGGCCAAGGAUGUCCAGGUUCUGGAGCAUUUAUCAUAUACUGAUAUUCCAACAAAUGUAAGCCAAGUUGAUAAAAUCUUGAACCUUGGGAAUUUUGUUUGGAAGUUGAGCGAUUGUCUGCGAAAAUCAUACCAAACCAUCAAUAGAAUGAAGGAGGAGCAUGUGAGGUAUCUGACCAUGCGACAGUUGAACCCGAACAAUCAGUCAAGAGUAAAUUUAGCAACCUUGGUAGAAAAGGAAAUCCAAAAGCCUCUAAAAGGCAGCGACUACGGUAUCAUUUUGCCCAAACAAAUUGAUGACUUUGAUUUGGACAACACCGUUAUACCUGCAAAUAAACAAUGA